CCUCCUCUCUCUCUCUCUUUCUCUCUCUCUCUCUCUCUUGCUCUACUACAUUGCCAUCUCUUUUCCUCCACCCCUAUUUUUCUUCUCUACCUUGAUCAUUCUCAUUUGCUUGUUUUCUUUUCUGUAAAAUGCCUGUCUUUCUUUAUUUGUGUCUUCCAUGCCUCUCUUUUUUAUUUCUAUAGAUAGGCACAGCUGAAGAGAUUCUAGCCGUUGUCUCAGCAUCCAUUCAUGCCACCAAAUCUUCUGUCACUUCUCUCACGGGGGAGAAUUGUCUUUUUUAUUUUCUUCUGUUUAUUUCUUCACUCAGCCGAAGAUUCCGUCUGCAGCUUGUGUUUUAUUCCAGAACGCCACCAUCCACAUAUUAGAACGGAUUUUCUAUUCUAAACUGGAAUCAUGUUCUAUUUCCAGCUGGUGAUCAUGGCAGGAACGGUUCUCCUGGCAUACUACUUUGAGUAUACGGACACGUUCCCGGUGCACGUUCAAGGAUUCUUCUGCUUCGAUAAAGCCUUCUCCAAGCCGUAUCCAGGACCUGAAGAUGACAGCAAAGCUCCUCCGGUGCUGGUGUAUUCGCUGGUCACUGCCAUCCCCACCGUCACUAUUCUGCUGGGGGAGCUCGCAUCCUUCUUAACUAAACCUGAGGCCACGCAGGAGAAGACAAUUGUUACGGCUGACUGCUGCUAUUUCAACCCGCUGCUGAGACGCAUAGUCCGCUUUCUUGGUGUGUAUUCCUUUGGCCUCUUUACCACCACCAUCUUUGCUAAUGCAGGGCAGGUAGUGACAGGAAACCAGACACCUCAUUUCUUGUCUACUUGCCGCCCAAACUACACAGCACUGGGCUGCCAUUCAGUGGUGCAGUACAUCACAGAGCGGCGAGCGUGCACCGGAAACCCUUACCUUAUCGCCUCCGCCCGUAAAUCUUUCCCCUCCAAGGACGCGGCGCUGAGUAUGUACUCAGCUGUCUAUACAGUGAUGUAUAUAACUCUGGUAUGGAGGACUAAAGGCACAAGGCUGACCAAACCCACUCUCUGUCUGACUUUCCUCUCAUUGGCUGUUCUGGUGGGCAUCGUGCGUGUAGCUGAGUACCGUAACCACUGGUCGGAUGUUCUAGCUGGAUAUCUCACUGGAGGAGCCAUCGCUGCUUUUCUGGUCACGUGUGUGAUCAAUAACUUCCAGCAGACCCAGUCUCAGCUGCCACCCUUACCGCCCCCUGUGCACCCUCCACGCCCAGAGCCCUCGCUCAACAUGCCCAUGGUGGCCAUGCCCUGUGUAGAGAGUCCACUCGAAAAGUUAAGUGGCCCUCAGCAGGUUCCAGGGGUUUUGUACACAGGCAUCACAUGACCAUCAGCCAUACCUGGCCCCCGCCCCUCCCGAUGUCCUCAUCCACUCACGUCGCUCCAUCUCCAGCGCAGUCUAGACAUGCCUUCAGAAUAUUCUACCUGCGCUCGCCCUAGACCCUCUCUCACAAGAUCAUACUCCACUCAGGUCUAGAGGCUCCCCGUACUCCCCUCUACUGCCCCCUACUGACUGACAGAGACAAUGACAGCAAUAGCCACUCAUUUGAACUGGGAUUAUUUUGUAUUGACUGCGUUUCAUAUUUGUCUGAAUCCUCAUAGUACCUGUCUCUCAUCUAUUGGGUGGGUAUUUUUAUUUGUAUUUUUUAAUUCAAGGCUAGUGUUCCAACUGAUAAUAAUCUUUCAUCUUUGUAAAUUUGCAGUGUAUUUCCAUCAAUAAUGCCAGACAGUGACAUAUAAACAUUCUGUGUACAUUAUAAAAAGGUUUUCUCAUCUAACAGCCAUACAGAAACUGAAUAUCAACUGUGAAAUUUAAGAUUUAAAUUAACAUCUACUGACAUUUAAGAGUGAACGGAAGAAAAUCAAUUCUAUUUUUUGGAAAUAUAGAUUGGUAGGAUGUAGCAAACUACUAGUAAGCUUAUUUGAAAGAUAUUAAAUAGAUUAUUAGCGCUAUUUUUAUGGCUAAGUAUUUGAGUUUAGUAUCCAUGGAGCAAAUUAUUGCAUUAUUCAGAAAUAGGGUUAUAGAGAAUCAAAACUAUAGCUGUACAGAGAGGAGACUGUAAUAUAUUUAAGAAAAUUUCAGCACCUGCUAGGUGGGAUGUAAAGGAAACAAAUAUGUACAGGAUGUAGCAAAUGUUUUAUAUCUUACAUUGUAUAAAAUGUGAAUGCUUUCCCUUGGAAUUUUCCUAGAAUUAUUGGCAGGUUAAGUCAAUUUGGUAAUAUAAUCCAGAACCAAAAAUACAGAGACUAUAAGGAAUUACCUCAGGUUUCAUCCUAAGGUUAAUGGGAGACCUCUGCCAACUGUCCGGGUCUCACCAUAAGAUUAUAUACAUUUUGUAAAUAACUGUUUUUCACAUUAUUUUUUUGCCAUUUUACAUACAAAUUACUGUUUUCAAUAAACAAAUUCAUUCUGUAGAAUUUACUGAAUGUGUUCAAGCUCAUUUCUGAUGUUUUUUUUUUUUUUUUUUUUUUUUUUCUUGAGAUUGUGAAACUGAACUGGUGGAAAUAUUCUGUAAAGCUUGUUGUCAGACAUUUUGUCUAUUGAUGUUAUUGGCUGUUUUUUAAACCAGCAUUUUUCUACAUAUUACAUCCACUGAAGUGAGAUAAAGCCUCUGUAUGUAACAUGGUGCUUGAAUGUGACUGUUCAGGUAUAACCCUCCUUACAUUUUGUAAAAAAAAAAUAAUAAUAAUAAUAAAUUGUUCAAUAUGAAGAUAGAUGACUCUUGCAGAACAAGCUUAUUGUUAAUUAAACAUUUAAUUAAAA